AUGGUAAACCAUUUACUUAAACAGAAUGCAGAUCAAAGGAAAGAAAUCGAAACGUUAGAAGCAGCGUCAGCGAAUACCGCGAAUCCGGUUCAGGCAGACUUAGUAACACGCUUAGAAGUUGCAGACGCGGCGGCGAAAUUGUUACUGAAGCAGAAUGAAUAUCAGAGAAAAGAAAUCGCAACGUUAAAAGCAACGUCAGUAAAUACCACGAAUCCGGCUCAGGCAGACUUAGUAACACGCUUAGAAGUUGCAGACACGGCGGUGAAACUGUUACUGAGACAGAAUGAAUAUCAGAGAAAAGAAAUCGCAACGUUAAAAGCAACGUCAGCAAAUACGGCGAGUGUUAACAAAGGUGUCCGAUAUCGCGACAGUAAUAACAGCCAUCAUAGUCGAGGAUCGCCUACGAGUUCCACGCAGGAACAAAUCCCUCAUAAAUUUCCACCUUUGCAGAGUCAGAGUUACUGGUACCGCAGAAUACUUAGAAAUGGACGAAAUCGGCACGACAAACAAGAUCAUCAGACAGAAGUGGACUCCACUGUAUUACCACAACUUCAAAACGAUAAAAUUGAGAAAAUCAACCGAAAAUAUGGCUUAAAAGAUCGCAGGAACGGCGAUAAUAACCAUCAUAAUCAUCAUCAUAAUCAUCAUCAUCAUCGACGAGAUUAUAAGGAUAGAAAUUCUAAAGAUCACCAAAAAGAAAUCGUAGAUUCAGCGGAAGGAUCGAGAGAAGCCGACAAUUCGGCGGGUAAUAAAUCGUAAAAUCGAAAUGGUCUGCCAAAAUAUUACACGCGUAGCAGACUUUUUGUCCUCUAUUUAAAUACAGGCGACUGUAAGGAUCAUUUCAAUAGCGAUAUAUUUGUUAAUAAAAGAAUAAUCUACUUUUUCUUGUAUCCGCUUAAAAAAAAAAAGAAAGUGGAAAAACAAUUAAUGUUGAUUACGUACAUGCUGCUUGCCAUAGGAU